CCCACUUGCCCUCCGCUCUGUCCUGCAGCCACCCACUGCCCUCUUGCCUCCCACCAUGGCUCUGCUGUACGCCGGCCGCGUUCUCUCCGGGAUCACCAACGCCUUCCACCCAGUCAUAGCCGCCGCAGCCUCUGCCAGAGCCAGCUCCUGGUGGGCCCAUGUGGAGAUGGGACCCCUGGAUCCCAUCCGGGGAGUCACUGAAGCCUUUAAGAGAGACACCAAUAGCAAAAAGAUGAAUCUGGGAGUUGGUGCCUACUGGGAUGAUAAUGGAAAGCCUUACGUGCUCCCUAGUGUCCGUAAGGCAGAGGCCCAGAUUGCUGCAAAAAAUCUGGAUAAAGAAUACCUGCCCAUUGGGGGACUGGCUGAAUUUUGCAAGGCAUCUGCAGAACUAGCCCUGGGUGAGAAUAGCGAAGUAUUGAAAAGUGGCCAGUUCGUCACAGUGCAGACCAUUUCUGGAACCGGGGCUUUACGGAUCAGAGCCAGUUUUCUGCAAAGAUUUUUUAAGUUCAGCCGAGAUGUUUUUCUGCCUAAACCAUCCUGGGGAAAUCACACACCUAUCUUCAGAGAUGCUGGCAUGCAGCUCCAAGGUUAUCGAUACUAUGACCCCAAGACUUGCGGCUUUGACUUUACAGGUGCUAUGGAGGACAUUUCGAAAAUACCAGAGCAAAGUGUUCUUCUCUUGCAUGCCUGUGCCCAUAAUCCCACAGGAGUGGACCCUCGUCCAGAGCAGUGGAAGGAAAUUGCAACAGUGGUGAAGAAAAAGAAUCUCUUUGCAUUCUUUGACAUGGCUUACCAAGGCUUUGCCAGUGGUGAUGGAAACAAGGAUGCCUGGGCUGUGCGCCACUUCAUUGAACAGGGCAUUAAUGUUUGUCUCUGCCAAUCUUACACCAAAAACAUGGGCUUAUAUGGUGAGCGUGUGGGAGCUUUCACUGUAAUCUGCAAAGACGCAGAGAAAGCCAAAAGGGUGGAGUCACAGUUGAAGAUCUUGAUCCAUCCCUUGUACUCCAAUCCUCCUCUCAAUGGAGCCCGCAUUGCUUCUACCAUUUUGACUACCCCGGAUUUGCGAAAACAAUGGUUGCAAGAAGUAAAAGGCAUGGCCGACCGCAUCAUUGGCAUGCAAACUCAACUGGUCUCUAACCUCAAGAAGGAGGGCUCCUCCCACAACUGGCAACACAUCACUGACCAGAUUGGCAUGUUUUGUUUCACAGGGCUAAAGCCUGAACAGGUGGAGAGGCUGACCAAGGAAUUUUCCAUCUACAUGACAAAGGAUGGCCGCAUCUCUGUGGCCAGGGUCACCUCCAGCAACGUUGGCUACCUUGCCCAUGCCAUUCACCAGGUCACUAAGUAAUUUCCCUGGUGUGAAGGAACAGAGACAACCUUUCCGUCUUCAACCUCUGCUGUUGUGAGCUUCACAUGGAGUGAGAGGGAGGGUGGAUGGUGGUGUGUGUAUCAUUUCUGUCAACCACAGCGCAUAAUACUCAGCAACUGAAUGUGUUUCUCAGAAAAGAACAUGUAGCAACAUAGGGCAGAGGCAUUCGUGGCUGGCAUCUGGAACUUUGUGGCUCUAAACCAAACUCUCCCUCACCCUUUUAUCUCCAACUUUGCUGAAAGAGUUUACAUGUGCAAGAAAGUCAAAGCACCAAAAAAACCUGUCAAUCAUGCCGUUGCAAUAUUUCAGAAGCUUUAACUGAAGCGUCUUGUUUCAAGGGUUCCUCGUGAGAAAUAACACAUAUUAGCAACUUUGAGAGAAGACCUAGUUUUGUCAUUAACGGUUAACCUCAUGUUUGUCUUCUCAUGAUGGAGCAACCUUAUCAACAGACCAUAUUGCAGAAAUUGUGUUUUACCCAUGAGUCUGCUGCCAAUGCAGCAAGGAAAAUAA